UAUGUGUGUGUCUGUCUACAGUGCUGGGGGCGAUCGGCCUAUGUAUGUUCCCACUGUGGCCUGAGGAGGUUCGCAUCGGCGUCUACUAUCUCAGUCUGGCCGCCGCAGGAUUUGUGGGAUUUAUUCUCUCCCUUGUUGUAGUGCGCCUGAUUCUGUUCUGCUGUAUCUGGGUCCUCACGUUCGGCAAACAUCACUUCUGGCUGCUGCCCAAUCUGACGGAGGACGUGGGAUUCUUCGACUCGUUCCGGCCGCUCUACAAGCACGACGUUGUCGCACGAGACGAGCCCAAGCCCAAAGAAGGAAAGAAGAAGAAAAAGAAGAAAGAGGAGGAGGAGGAGGAGAAAGGCGAAGCGUUGACGGAGAGUAAGUCUGUCAAGUUGUGUUGGGUCGUGCAGGGAAAAAGGAAGCUGCGGUGACCCACAUAGAGCCGGGCUGGGGUGAC